AUGAUGACCAACUUUGAGAUUGUUACGUGUAAGAAAGGUAUUUGUCGUUAAUAUUUUUUUCAUUAUAUAUAUAUAUAUAUAAUUGUUUUUUUCAGAGUCAACUACUCGACGCAAUCGGUUGUCGAGCCAUGAGGAUGAAGACGAAGAACAUAGUGACGGAAUGGGGAUGACACAAUUGUGGAGCGAAAACGACGAUGAUGUGUUGUCGACAGGCGAUGGUGGAAAGGAGGGAACUGAUCGGCACUCGAGGACGCGGCAACGCUACCACUACUAUGAUAAAGGGAGCCCGUUCUAUUGUCAUCCGGAAAUAAAGGCAGGCGACAAAAUUCCGAUUCCACAGUGUCGGCUCAAAUUUAUGCGAAAAGUUAAACAAAAGGUUUGUUCAUCAACCGUUUUUUUGGUUUCUUUUUUUUUCCUUGUUUACCAUCAUCAUUAUCAUUUCAGUUGGGACGCUUUCACAUGACGCCAAUGGGCAAGCCGGGAUCGGAGCGAACUGACGAGUAUUUUCGCCGUCUCGUUAUUGUUUUCGUUCCGUGGCGUGUUGAGGACGUCAUCCUCAAUCGGUAUGGUGUGGACACUUAUGAGAAAGUAUGGCAGAAGUAUCUGAAGGAGUUGAAACAGAAGCAUCCACUGGGUAGAGCCGAUCUCGAAACACAAAAACAUUUUUUAAAAAAAUUUAAAUCAACAGUUACAGCUUAG